AUGAGACAGACGUCCUACAAUUAAUUUACAUGCCAUACAGAAAUGGAUAACUAAUAACAUUUAAGAUCUAAUAGUUAAUCUUUAUCCAUCACAGAUAUGCAUACUGCUGACACAAACAGAAAAUUAUAAUAAAUUGCUUUUGAAUCUAAAUAAUAUUUAGAAUAGGAAGAAGAAGAGGAGAAGGAAUAUAUUAUUCUUUAAAAUAGUAUUCGAUAGUAGUUAUCUGAGCGACUAAACAUUGAAAAUUUAUGUAGGAAUAUUCUAAAUUUAUAGCUAAGUUUGAUUUUUCAAAUAUAGAAAACAAAAUACAACUGAUAUUUUAAUGGAUAAUAGUAGUUUUUUACAGAAGCAGUAGUGAAAUGUUUGAAUGGAAAAGUUUUAAAGUAACGUAGAUCUAUUAAUAAAAGGAAAUUUGUAUUAUUCAAGAUAAAGGUAUGGAUUUAAAAAAUAGACUUGGUUUGAAAAACGUAGUCCGAAUGACAAAAUUAGAAUUUGAACUUACAAAAUAAUUAAUGUUAUAAAGACAUUGUAUUGAAUCCAAAAAUAACAAUAACAAAGAUGUUAUUUAAUUUAUUAGUUAAAUUUAUGACAUUUUAUAAAUAAUAAUAAGGACAUUUGAGGCUGGUUAAAAAGUUAUGCGAAUUGAAGAAGAGUUGAUUAGAGUAAAAUUUAUCAUAUCAUUAGAGGUAAAUAUCAGAAGACUUGUCAAAAGAGGAAGAAAAAUGA